AUGAAGACCUUCAUUGCUUCCCUCGCCCUCCCUCUGCUGGCCGCCGCUGCGCCCACCAGCCAGGCCCCGGCCGCCAACCCAUCCUUUGGCGUGGUCGCCAUCCGCUCCGGCUCCGGCAUCCAGUAUGCCUCCUUGAACGCUGCCGGCCAGAAGUUCUACCUCGGUGGCACCACCACCUCCUACUGCCCCAGUGAGACUGUCCAGAACUGCCCUCCCGGCGACCAGACCAUCAUCGCUCCCGGUGGCAACGCCCUGGACGUCGAAGUCCCCGGCGGCCAGCAGAUCUACGUCGAUCCCACUGGUGCCGUGAGCUUCACCCAGGCCCACUCCGCCGCCAUGCCCCAGGGCUCCAUCGUCGGUGAAUUCGCCUACGAGACCGAGGGCGAUGCCGCUCACUGGACCUUCAAGGGUGACGGUCUCCUGGCCUGCCCGACCACCGACAACCGCUACCAGGUCUUUGCCCCCAUUGAGAACCUGAAGGUUCCCUCGGGCAACAAGGACGACUGCCUGGGCUUCUCGGCCCGUGCUUUCACUUACUCCGGUAGCACCCCUGCCUGGCAGUACAUCUAA